ACUUGUUUUUAAAAUGGCUGCUAAAGCUUGGUGUGUAAAUACUUGUCGUGUUUAUUGAACGUGUUCCUUAACUGUUUACUUUUCUAUAGAUACAAAUUUCCAAGAUGAAUAUGGCAGUGGAGAAAAAGAAAUAUCCGUCGGCUUUACCAACAAAUUGGCCGGUGAGGGAAGAACUACCAAGAAAGAGUCAAAAUCAGUUGACAUCCACAGGAAAGGUUGAUGUUUACUACUACAGUCGUGGAGUAAGAAAUGACGCAUCGUUGGUGCCACCAAUUAGGCAAACUGCCUCAAUUUUUAAACAACCAGUGACGAUUUACAAGACGCAGGAAGGAAAAGUGAAAGACUUCAAGCACGGGAACCAGGAAAAGCCUAAACAGGAAGGAGCCGAAAAAACUGACAGCAAAUAUGGUUCCCAAGAUAAACCUAAGCAGCUAUUCUGGGAAAAACGCCUAGAAGGAUUGAGAGCUUGUGAUCCAGAUGGCUAUGAGUUCGAUGCCAUGGAUCUGCCAAAAUCGCUGAGGCCGGUCGGACCAUACAUUACAGAAGAAACUUUAUUACAAAGCGUCGCUACCGCAUUGCACGUUUCAUCUCAACCCGUCACCGGCCAAACGGGUUCGAAAACAGCGUUAGAAAAGAAUCCCGGAGUUUUUCUGAACCCUGAACAGCCCCUCGUUCAGGCUGUCUCGAUAGCAGACGACGACAUAAAAAGACAAGAAGACCGUGUGGCCAUCGCAAGAAGAAAACUUCAAGAAGCUUUGCGAGGCACAUCAACAUAACUUUUAGGUACUUUUAGAAGUACCUUUAUUAUAUCUAUGUUGCUCACUUCGCGUUCCCUAAUCCUAAGAGUAUUGUACAAUAUGUUGUAAGUUAUAUUAGAACUUUGUAAUAAAUGUUUUUAUAUAAAGCUGUAGAC